UAUUAAUUUCACUUUUUUUUUUAUUUGUUUAUUUAUUAUUUUUUUCCCUGACCUCACAAUGUUCUCCCACAGGCACCAGGAGGUCUUCACAAGCAUCGCUCCGUCUGGUCGCAGGGGAGGGCCGUGGAGAACCGAUUGGAUACUACGUGUGCAUUAGGGAUCCUGCCUCCGUACAUUCUAGAGGAGGCUCCAGGCGCCCAUCUCAGGCUUCUACAGCAUCAAGUUCUGGGGACCUUCGUGAGGGCCGUGUCCAUCAUUAUCUUUAUAUGAGACCCAAUUAUUCCCUAACCUCAGAGGCCACUACCACCACGGGCACUUCAGACUCAUCUCCACGAACUCCCAAAAGUACAGAACAACUGCUGGCUGUGUACCACUCUGUGCCAGAGACUCUUCCUGUUGAACUGAAAACUAAUCAUCUACAACUGGACAAGAAUCUCUCGGAGAAAAAGGUUGUUCACUUCAGGAAAAGUCGCUCACUGCACUCAGUCCUGGAGAUGGGAGGAGUAGGGACAUCCCACACCACCUCCACCCUCGGUACAUCCAGCGACGACGUGUUCCAGGAGGAAGAUGAGGAGGAGGAGGAAGAGGAAGAGCAGCAGCAGGAAGCAGAAGAGGAAGGAAAAGCCAGAUUGAUUGUGUAAGAAAGAGAAAUAAUUGAAACAAGAAGAUAUUGAGGGGUGAGAAUCCAAAGUUCAUGACAGGGAAAAGGCUGAGAGUGAGUGUGAAAAACAGAACUGGAGAUUCUUUAUAACCAUCACUAUCGUAAUUAUUAUAACUGUCAUUAUUAUUAUUAUUAUUAACAUUAUUAUUGUUAUUGUUAUUAUUAUUAUUAUUAUUAUACAUGAUUAUAUAUCAUAAUUAUUAUUAUUAUUAUUAUUUAUGUGUUAUUAUUAUUACUGUUAUAGAUAUCAUUAUUAAUCUUAUUUAAAUUAUGAUGGUAAAAAAAAAGAAAAUAGUUGAUAUAUGUGCGAAGGUGACUGACUAUACCAUUUUCAAACAAGUACAACUGCAUACAACCUACAAAGAAAAAAAACAUGUUUAUCAGAUAUUUGCACAUCACUCAGAACAAGAUACUUAUACUAUAAUAUUGGGCUGAAUUUAUUUAUGGUGUGAUGUUUAUGAAAAAUGGACUGCAUAAUUUUGGAACCAUACAUUGCAUAUAUAUUAAAAGCUAAUAUUAGAAAUGAAAAAACAUUUAUUAUAGACUUUAUAAUUGUCAUCUAUCACCAGUGAUCUGAAGAUUAAAUGUUAAUUUUGUGACUUGUUGAAUUUCUUUGAAUAUUUAUGAAAGGUCUCAUUUUUUACUCUCUUUUGUUAUAAAUUAGAGAUUUAUAUGAAAUAUUGUGGAUUACCUCACCUGAUGUUCAAUAAUGAUUUAUAAUAUCCUUUGUGAAUAACAUAGAACAGUGGAAGUGAUAAAACUGUAAUUAUCAUUAGAACUAACUAUUUAUUGCAAGUGAAACAGUGGUUAUUUUUGUUAUAUUUGUCUCUGUGGAAGCAGUUGGACAUCUUACCACAGGUUGCUACAGGGUGUUGACAAUAACAUACCAUCAAAAGAGUAGAUGACUUAAAACCUCAUCUCUUAUAAUGGAUGAUUACUGAUGCUGUAGACACUAGGUAGCAUGAAGAUAGAUGUGCCAAAUUUUCCUGAAUGUAGAUCUUCCCAGAGUCAUCCAGAUGUGUGAGGCAACUUAAUUAUCUUCCAUUACCAAAUUCAUAUGGUUGAGGAAAUCUUUAGAAGGCAGAAUAGAUAUGCAGGUUUUUAGGAUUCAUUAAGAAAAAAAUUGUUUUAUAGAUUCAGCAUUAUUAAAGUAGAUCUAUAAAAAUGCUUAGUGCAGAUAGUCAGAUAAUGAAAUUUCAUGACGGCUUCAAUUUUCUUAAUUUUUGCUACAUAGGAUGCAAGAUUUUGCACAAAGUUCAAGGGAGAUCAAAAACAUAAACAGAACAGGGAGAUAAAAGACAACCACAAAUACCAAGCAACUUAACUAACAAUGCAACGAUUUGGGACGAACUGUACGUAUCACUGAAUAGUUGCAAGGACGAACGGCAAGGUAGCUCAUGUAUCCAUUGUCUCCGAAAGGCAUGUUUUCCUCUUUCUCAUGUAUAUGACAUGCCUGAUCAAAUUUAGAUGGGAAUUACCUUGCUGAAACUCUUUGCCAGACUUAAAUCAUCAAAUAAUAGUUUUGUUAUAGGUUUUCAGUAAAAACUUAAUGUCAUCAUGCAUUAGUUUUUACAAGUAUUAAAAGUGAAGUUUGUGGAGGUACGAAUGGUCAGUAUGUUUUGAGGGAUACAAGUUACUUUCUCAGUAUUUUCAAUAACAGCAAUAUAACUUUACAUUUUUGUGCUCUUGAGAUGCACACUGACUAUCAGGUAAAUAUCUAUCUACAUAUGAUUAUCAGGAUGAUGAUAGGAUUUUAUUCCUACCAAAUUCUAUUCCAGUGAGCUUCUUCAGACACUGACCAAAUACAUUUUUCUAACUCGUAUUGGAUGAUAAAUGUUACAACAUUUAAAAGCUCACAUAACUUAGAUUUCACCAAGUUAGGUGGCAUCUAAAGGAGAUUGGGGCAUAAGAGUGUUUAAGUGUCAGAUUUUCACAUGGUAAAGAAUGUAAGGGUUAGUAAAUACUUCUUUUGCGAACCCAAAACAAUGCCGUAAAAAAGUCUGAUAUCCCCAAUCCUUUAUCUGAUAUUUCUAACUACAAUCGCGGGUGACCAACUAGAUGUUAUCUACAGCUGACAUCAGUACCAAAGUGUGGGUCCAAAAGCUUUUCUUAUAGAAUAAGGAAGAUUGUUCUUUGUGUUCUGAAGUAGAACUCGGGUUUUCUUGAUAGAAAAAACACUACUUGGUGACCCUUACUGCUAAUCAAAUGGCUAUUAAAUUCUAGUUGUUCCUGACUUUUCAACUUGCCCUAUAGCCACCAACCAUAGUACCUGUAGAUGUUGUAGCAAUCAUAUUACAUAAAUAGACUGCUUCAAAUACAUAAUCACUUUUUAUUGAACUUUGUAAAACCUCUCUAGUAACAAAUAUUGAGCAUAGGGUAUCAGGCAACAGAUAACCUUCAAGGGCUAUUUCAGAAUCUGUGUCACAGUCUUCUAAGAAUGCCAUAAUAAGGACCAAUCAUAGUCCCUAAAGCAAUAUAUUUACAGUGUG